AAUAGGAAUGCAUUACAGUGAGUGUUCCAGAUCUUGCUCAACCACCUGUCAGAGUCUCAACAUUCAGGAGGUCUGUAAAGAGGAAUGUGUGGACGGCUGCAGCUGCCCCGUGGGUAAGGUGCUGGAUGGUGGUCUCUGUGUGGAGGUGUCUCACUGUUCCUGUGUUCACAUGGGUCAACACUUCCCUCCUGGCUCCAGCAUCUCACAAGACUGCAACACCUGCAUCUGUCGACAUGGCUCCUGGGAGUGUACCAACCAAGGCUGUCCUGGGGAGUGCUUAGUGACGGGCCAGUCUCACUUCAAGACGUUUGACAACAAGUUCUUUACCUUCUCUGGCCACUGUCAGUACCUGCUGGCUAGAGACUGCACUGCCAACCACUUCUCUGUCAUCAUAGAAACUGUUCAGUGUGCAGAUGAGCAGGAUGCGGUCUGCACGCGGUCAGUAACUCUCAGUCUGCCACCACUGGAGGGGAUGACAGUGAAGCUGAAGCAUGGAGGAGUGGUCUCUGUCAACAACAUGGACAUACAGACACCUCUCAACCAUGUGCGUUUCGCGGAGGAGGCGUGUGGGAUGAUAAUGUCAGAGGUGUUUGUAGCGUGUCACUUCCUGGUGAAUCCUCCCCCUUCCUGCGGUUCUGUCGUUACGACGUGUGCGCGUGUUCUGAUGGGGAGGAAUGUACGCCAGUUACGAUAUAGCUUCCUCCUCGGUUGA